AUGCAUUAUCAUAAUAAAGAUGAUUGGGAAGAAAUUUCUUUUAUUGGUGAAGGUCAAUAUGGUAGAGUUAUAAAAUGUAGAAAAAAAAAUGGAUUUAUAUUAAAUGAACAAGUUGAUUACGUUGCAAUUAAAAUAAUUAGUAAAGAUAAAUUUAAAAGAAAUGAAACCGAUAUUUUAGAAAAAAUUAGAUUAUUUAAUAUACCAAGAUAUUAUUCACAUGCAGAAGAUGAUAAUUUUAUUUAUAUUUAUAUGGAAUAUAUUGAAGGUGAAAAUUUAGCAAAUAUAUUAAAAACCAAAAAACAAGGUAGAUUUAAAGAGAGUAGAAUAAUAUCAAUGAUUGCUGAUUUAGUUGAGACAUUAUCAUUCCUUCAUAAACAUCAUGUAAUUCAUAGGGAUAUUAAAACUGCAAAUUUAGUAUUAGAUAAGAAUAAGAAUUUAAAAUUAAUUGAUUUUGGUGCAUCAACAAUUCAAAAUAAAAAACAAUUUGAACAAUAUUUAAAUGAGACUACAAAUAAUAAUAAUAAUCCAAAUAAUAAUAAUAAUAAUAAUAAUAAUAAUAAUAAUAAUAAUAAUAAUAAUAAUAAUAAUAAUAAUAAUAAUAACAAUAUUAAUAAUAUUAAUAAUAAUAAUGAUUUAAAUGGUAGUGGUAGUGGAAUUUCAACUUAUUUAAAUGAACAAUAUAAACAAAGUUCAUUUGCAAUCAUUGGUACAUUCAAUUAUAUGGCACCAGAAGUUAAGAGAAAUUAUAGAGCAACUAGAAAAUCAGAUGUUUGGAGUUUAGGUUGUACAAUAAUUGAAAUGGCUGGUGGUGAUUUAUCUCAAAAAUUAAAUGGUAUACCAAUUAUACCAGAUCAUUUAUCUGAUACUUUAAAAGAUUUUUUAAAUCAUUGUUUAGUUAUUGAUCCAAAAAAAAGAUCUUAUAUGGAAGAAUUAUUAAGUCAUAAAUUAAUUGUACAUAUAAUUGGACCAAAUAAAAGUAAAAAUUAUGGUGUUGAACCAAAAUUUAAAGAUGAUGACGAUUUUGAAGAAAUUGAAAAUGAAAAAGAUAAUUAUUUAUCAUCAAGAUUUCCAGCUAAAUUUGCACCACAAUAUGAAAAACCAAAAUGGGAGAUUGAAUUUGAAGAGUUAGAAUUUGAUAAAGAUGAUUCAGAAGGCGGAGCAGGUAAUUUUGGAGAUGUAAAAAAAGGUUUAUUGAAUGAGACUGAAGUUGCAAUUAAAUUUGUAAAGAAAGCUCAUUGUGAAGCCAUUACAGUUUGUGAUACAUUCUAUCAUGAAGUAUUGAUUCUAUCGAAUUUAAGACAUCCAAAUAUAGUUCAAUUCAUGGCUGCAUGUAUAAAAUAUGGUGAGAAGGAAACCAAUCAUUGUAUAGUUUCAGAAUGGAUGUCUGGUGGUAACCUAACUCAAUUCCUUAUGAAUAAUCAUAAAGUUUUGGAAAACAAUCCACAUUUACGUGUUAAACUUUUAACUGAUAUAGCUAAAGGUAUACUAUAUCUACAUAAACAACAUAUAAUUCAUCGUGAUUUAACUUCAAAUAAUGUAUUAUUAGAUUUCAAGAGAGAGAUAUUACCAAAUCAAUUAUACGGUUCAAAUGAAUUCACAGCAAAAGUUUGUGAUUUUGGUUUAUCAUCAAAUCAAAGUGAAUCAAAGAAAUUAAGAGGUGGUUCAAUACAUUAUAUGGCACCAGAGAAUUUAAAUGGUUCUCCAAUUAAUGAAAAAUCCGAUAUCUAUUCAUUUGGUUUAUUAGUUUGGCAAAUGUUUUCAUAUGCACCACCAAAUACAAUUUAUUCACCAAAAGAGAUGGCAUCAAUGGUUUCUGAUCCAAAACAAAAUUAUCGUCCACAAAUACCAUUUAAUGUACCUUUAAAAUUUAAAGAAUUAAUAACACAAUGUUGGGAUAGAAAUCCAUUAAAUAGACCAAAAGAUUUCUCAAUAAUAAUUGAAAAACUUAAAGAAAUUGGCUUAACCUAUAAUAGAUCAUCAAGUAAUGUUUCACCAAUAAAUUCACCUUUAAUUAAUAAUAAUAAUAAUAAUUAUAAUAAUAAUCAUUUAAAUUCAUUAUCAUCAUCUCUUAAUUCUUCACCAACUUAUUAUGCAAAAACAUUUGGUGAUUCAAAUAGUAAUAUUGAUGUUUAUCAUUCAGCUGAUUCAAUCACUCCAAUAGUUUCUUCACCACCUAUAAUUAAAAUUGAUUUAACUCAAGAUGAUUGGGAUAGUAAAUUAAAACAACUUGAUCUCGAACAUGAAAAUAAAUCUUUAAUUUCAAUUUCAAUAAAUGAUAAUAAUAAUAAUAAUAUUAAUAAUAACAAUACUAAUAAUAAUAAUGUUAAUGAUUUAGGUUAUUGUUAA